GAAUCGGCUUUCCCUCUUUCUUCUUUCUUUCUCCCCCCGCUCCUCGCGCCGCGGCAACUACCUCCGACGGCACCUUCAGUCUCAGCCCCCCUUCUUCUCAUCCGCUCUACAGGACUGGCUUGCAGUGGAGAUUUACCCGCCCCCUGGGCUCGGAUUGAUCCGGUGACGGAGCCUACUUUCUUUCUCUGCCGUGAGCACUCUGAACCCAAUCUCUCCUUCCGGGACGGAUACGGGAUACCCCAAUCUAGCCAUCCAGGUCACCCCGUCCCGAGUCCACUGACCACCCCAAGCCCCUUGCAUCAAUUUCCCGCUGUCUUCACCCGGUCCGUGAUCUUGGAUAUUGGUUGAGGCGCCAUAGUUUGCUCGGCUCCCUGUAAGGAAUGUUGGCACUCUCUGGAAGAUUGGAACAUGGAGGGGCAUCGAAGAUUGCGGUGCUCCUUUUAUCUUUGGCCAAAUGCAGAUAUCUUGGUCAUCCAUGAUUGUAGAGCUCAUCUUGGGGCUGCUGUGGCACCUUGUCCACCUGUUGGUCAGCCUCUUCGAUUUGUGGUCGCAUCUGAAUGAUAAUCUAGAAUGUUAUUUUAUUUCGUCUGAGCUGCUGCCCAAGUACCGAGAUCUUCAUUUUGAGAGACUUAAUUACGUGGGCGUUGUAGUAGAUAGCAGAGAAGCAAAUAAUGUUUUGAAGAUCAAGCAGCUUUUACGGUGGUUAUCAAAUAUUGGCGUUAAGUAUGUAGUUCUCUAUGACAAUGAAGGAGUACUAAAGGAAUGGCUUAAACCUGGUAUCGAAGCCCCUUUUUUAACAGAUGAGAGCUCAAGAACUAAUUUAGAUCUUAGUGCACAUGGAGGGAUGGCUAUAGAGUGUCUUUCUGGUUCUGAUGGCAAGGAAGGCAUUGCUAAAGCAGCAAACUUACUGUGCUCAGACUUCGGCAAUUGCAACUCUCAUGGGCACAAAAAAGAUGACAAUGCAUUUACAGAAGCUGACAUAGUUUGUGCACUGAGAGCAGUAGGUUGUGGAGGGCCAGAACCUGAUCUUCUUCUUGUUUAUGGUCCUGUUAGAUGUCAUUUAGGAUUUCCUGCAUGGAGAUUACGUUACACAGAGAUUAUGCAUAUGGGCUCGCUGAAAUCAAUGAAAUAUGGUUCUAUUGUGAAAGCUUUGCAUCGAUUCUCACACAAAUAUCAAAAUUACGGCAAAUGAGAGAGGAGACUAGAAGGCCACCCAUUUGUUAUGUAAAAUGUGUACUUCUGGGGCUGGCUAAGGUUUAUUAACUACUAAGUACAAUAUAUAGUCUUGGAGGAUACACUGUGCUUCCUUUUUGUUUGGAUCAAAUGGGUUACCUGUACACUAUUAAUGGAUAAGGUUUUUCUGCUAA